CGGCGACACCGCUCUGACUGUAGGAGCUGCAGGAAGAGGAGCUGCGUUCUCUAACACACACACACACAGUACUGAUAUUACUGAAUUAAUGAUUUUAGAGCAGCGCGGGGAGUAAAGAGGAGAUCAUGCCGAUGAAGGGAAGGUUUCCUAUCCGGAGAACUCUGGAUUAUCUGCAGAGAGGAGAGGUGGUGUUUAAGAACUCGGUGAAGAUCAUGACGGUGAACUAUAACACACAUGGAGACCUGAGUGAAGGAGCAAGGAAGUUUGUGUUCUUCAGCAUUCCACAAAUCCAGUACAAAAAUCCAUGGGUCCAAAUAAUGAUGUUUAAAAACAUGACACCGUCUCCUUUCCUCAGGUUCUACCUGGAUGAUGGAGAGCAGGUGCUGAUGGACGUGGAAGGAAAGGACUAUAAAGAAAUAUCGGAGCAUAUAAGGAAAAUUCUGGGCAAAUCAACUAAGGUUCUUCAGGCUGAAGCUUUGGCCAAGAUGGAAGCUUCAAAUCCAGCAAACUUCGGGCCAAAGAAGUACUUCCUGCGGGAGUGCAUAAGCGAAGUGGAGGGUCAGGUUCCUCACCCUGGCCUUGUACCCCUCCCCAAAGAGAUGACCGGCAAAUACAGAGCAAAAAUGGCAUCUAGUUCUGAGGACUAAGGACUUUGAGAGGCGUCGGGAAAGGGAACGAUCGGAGUAGAACUAAAGGAUUAAACUCACUUCAUGAAAAAAAUACUCAUGUCAGGGCUUUCAGCUCUAUGUUCAGGUCAUGCAGAAGAGCUGAAGAGUUAACAAAUUUCAGCCUUGGCAUAGUUGUUUUUGUCUUUUGUUACAUUAAGAAUGAGAAAUAAAGUGUUUAAUACUAUAA